UGGCUCAUUUCGCCUGAGUGGAGCUCAACUCUAUUAAGCUCACCUGUUUUUACACCGCCGAUUCCUCGUCACUGUGCUAGAAAUUCAAUGGCGAUCCGACCACAGCUUAGCUUUCUCUUGAUAUUUCAAAUCAGUUUUCCCUGCCUUUUUCUCUAUCUUUGAUGUACUUCCAAUCUAAAUCAAUAGCAAGUCUGGCUCCAAAACUCUUGCAAACUCAAACUCAAAGGCAGAUUGAAGAAAGAUUCAUCUCUCUUGUACAGUCAUGCAGGAACCUUGAAAAACUUCACCAAAUUCAAGCCCAGAGUAUCACCCAUGGCUUCUUCCAGAGCCCUUUUCUUGCUCCCAAGAUCAUCAUUGCCUUCUUUCACUUACAAAAACCCAACCUUGCACUUCAAUCCUUCCAACAAAUUCAACAACCCAAUGCAGUCCUCUGGAAUGUCAUGUUCAAAGGCUACACCGAGAUUGAGCUCCAUGCAGAAACCCUGCGACUCUUUGUUUGCAUGAGAAAGAGAGAUGUGGUGCCCAAUGAGUACACUUUCACAUUUGUCAUCAAGUCUUGUGCAAGAACAUUGAGAUGGAGAGUGGGAGAAGAGGUGCAUUGCAUUGCUAUCAAAACUGGGUAUGAGUCCAAUGGCUUUGUUGGCACCACAUUGAUAGAUAUGUACUCGAGUGUUGGGGUUAUUGAAUCUGCGCGUAAGGUGUUCUGUGAAAUGCCUGAGAGAAAUGUUGUUGCUUGGACUAGUAUGGUUUCUGCUUACAUCUCCAUUGGUGACUUGGAAAUCGCACAGGUUGUUUUCGAGUGGGCAAAUGAACGGGACGCAAUUCUUUGGAACUCUAUGAUAUGUGGGUAUAUUGAGCGCGGAAACAUGGAGGCAGCAAGGGAGUUGUUUGAUCAAAUGCCGGGUAAUGACAGAGAUGUAAUGACUUGGAACACUGUUCUGCUAGGCUAUUCAAAUAGCGGUGAUAUUGAGGCUUGUGAGAGGUUCUUUGAGGAAAUACCGGAGAAGAAUGUGUUCUCGUGGAAUGGAUUGAUUGGAGGGUACAUGCGCCGUGGAUGGUUUCUCAAGGUUUUAUGCGUUUUUGAUCGAAUGUUGAGAUCACCCACUGCCACGCUAAAUGAUGCUACUCUUGUUGCUGUUUUAUCUGCUUGUGCAAAGUUGGGUGCUGUUAAUAUAGGGAGAUGGAUUCAUGUCUUUGCUGAAACUAGUGGAUUUGGUGCAAAUCUUUAUGUUGGAAAUGGCCUUAUAGAUAUGUAUUCAAAAUGCGGUUGCAUAAUGGAUGCAAUGCUGAUCUUUAGAAGCAUGGAAACUAAAGAUGUCGUAACUAUGAAUGCGAUGAUCGGAGGAUUGGCAACACAUGGCCGUGGUUUGGAGGCACUGGAGCUAUUCGAUCAGAUGCUCCAAGAAGGAGAAAGGCCUGAUGGUAUUACAUUUGUUGGAGCUUUAUCUGCAUGUGUGCAUGCAGGAAUGGUUGAGAAGGGUUAUUCGUAUUUUAGAUUAAUGACUGAGGAUUACUUGAUCACUCCUUGGAUUGAGCAUUAUGGGUGUAUGGUAGACCUCCUUGGAAGGGCUGGGUUGCUCAAUGAGGCGAUCGAAUUUACAAGGAGGAUGCCAAUGAAACCGGACUCUGUGAUAUGGAGUGCUUUGUUGGGAGUGUGUCAAGUUCACAAUGAUGUUCAUUUAGCUAAACUUGUAAUGAAUAAGAUAAUAAAACUCAAGCCGGAGGAUGUUACUAAUUAUGUGGUGCUUUCAAAUAUAUAUGGGACGGCAGGAAUGUGGAGAGAAGUUGCCGGACUCAAAUGUUUGACAAGAAAUACUGGCAAUGCAAAGUUACCAGGGUGUAGCUUUGUUGAAGUAGGAUUUCAAGUGGUUGAAUUUUGCUCGUUUGAUGCAAGGCAUUGCAAGACACCAGACAUUUAUCAAGUGUUGCAUGGAUUAAAAGAGUUGCUCAAAUCAGCUGGAAGGGAACCAAAUGUUUAUGAAGCAUGUGAAUGAUGAAAAUCAAACUAUCUUUUUGGCUAAUUUGGAAUUGUGUAUCUUGUUUUGAUGCGCUAGUUUAAGGAGUCAUCAGACCUUAAUUCCAUCAAAUAAGUUAAAUUUCUUUAGUUCAGUCAAUUUCAUUUGAGGAUGUCCCAAUGUGGAAUUGUAGGUUGAGUAAAUCAU